AUGGCACCAACGGCACCGCCCAUGAUCAUGACCACUCAUCGUGUCGAGAAGUCUGAGCGCGUUUCCGUGCAUGCACAAGCUACUGAAGAUAAUAUGACUGAAGCUCGAUCAAAGAAACCGACAAAACCGAGAAAAAAAGAAGCAUUCAACUGGCUCGCUCGAUCAAUUCGAUGUGACGCAACAAGAGAAAACUAUCGAUAUGGAACGAGGCGUACACGUGUCUCAUCAUCCGCUGCGCCCGUCACUCACUCAAACGUCGCCCGACAAAAUCACGCCCACGCCGAA